GCCAUGGACCCGCCCUGCACCCUGACUCAGUCUACCCCGAUCCUCGCAGACGAGCACAACGAUCGUACUGUCUCUCUCUUGUGAUAGUUGGUGUGCGACACUACGAGCACGACCCCUUGUAUACUCUCUUCUAGAUCAUCAGUCAACAGCCAGAACACAGCUGUCAUUGACAACUGGCUGACAGUGACAGCAGGGAACAUCCACCACCACAGCAAACAGCAGGAAGGAGAGAACAAUCAGGGCACUACAGCAGAAUGGGCUGGUCAUCGUUGGCCACUGGAAGAACCAUGAUCAUCUGCCUAUCAGUAUUGGCGACGGCAGCUGCGACGCAGAUAGACACUGAUGGAGCGCAACUCUCCGGAGCUGUGUAUCCCAGUGACUCUCUCAAAGGACCAGACCUUCUACAGGAAAGUCCUCGCAAUACUGUGUACACCGCAGACCCAAUGACAGGCUUCAUGACCCUCUCCGCCAUCGUCCUGAUUGCCCUGGUGGCCUGGCUCGUCUUCAACCUCAAUGAGAACCCUCUCACAGGGCUCAUCCAGUCGAGGGCGCUAAAGGAGACUCUAACAGGGAUGUCCCUGGACACCACCGUUGCUGUGUUGGAGUGUCUGAGAAGAGAGGAGGCGAAGCUGUCUUGCCUCGUCUGCGUUGCGUCGACCAUAGAUUCAGACACCUGUUGGUAGAGGAGGCACCUGUGUACUCAUGUGUGUUCUCACCUCAACACCUGUUUAUUACACGCAUCAUCGCUUAAGAAUGUUAUUUGGAUCUAUACUUACAACAUUACCUGUUUUCCUUCGCCCCUUACUUGUUUGUUUCCAUUUCUAUCCGGUGACAGAGUGAGCGUAGUUAUGGGCGGUCAUCAGCAAGGGUGACUAGUCAGGUCUCUCCGUGCUCAUAUCAUUUUUUUAUUAAUAUCACUGCUCUUGUUUAACAUCUAAUACAUAAAAUUUGAUAUUCGAGUUUUCAAAUUUAUGGAUCAUUUUCUUCAAUUAACAUGUUUAUUCUCAUAUUAACAUGUAUUUUAUCUUGUUAACAUGUAUAUUAUCAAGUCAACAUGUAUAUUAUCAUGUUAAUAUAUAUAUUUCCCCCUGCUCAACAGUCUUACACGGUCCAUAAUGUUCUCAUACACAAAGGCUCACUAUUGACCACUUAUAGUCUCUGGUCUGACUUGUAAUGUCUUAUAUCUAACAUAUGUAUCAUCGUGUGUUUCUGUAGGACACAUGAGUCUUAAUGUAUCAUCUCUUGUUAAAUUUUCUUCAUCGUGUUAACACUGUAGUUCUCUCUACCUCUUAUAUACAGAAAGAUGAUGGCGUUAAAUAUUUGUUAUUCUGUACAGUAGUUAUUUAUAAUUUAACUUUAUUUUUGCAUAUUCUUAUAUUUAUAUUGUUUUUGUUUCAAGAAAUUUUAUAUAUUUUAUCUAUAUGAUUAUUAUUAAUUAGAAUCAAGAUGGUAUUUAUAAUUGAUGUAUUCAUUGGGCAUUUACUAGUAAUAAAUACAAAAAUAAAUGUGUAUAUAUUUGUCUAACAAUUAAUGUGUACAGGUAUUAAUUUGUUCACCUAUUUAUAGUACAAAAAUAUCUUAUGUUUGUUAGGGGUGAUGUAUAUAUUUUUUAACCCA